AUGGCUGAGAUGAACGGAAUCCUUAUUUUGGGGAUCCUGCUAUCCAUCUCCAGCUGCCUUGCCUUCUAUGAGGACCUUGACAAGUGUUUCCGGGACCCUAAUUAUGAGACCUUCCUUCUCACAGCCCAGAACGGGCUCCAUACCUCCCCACUGUCCAAGCAUGUGGUGGUCGUGGGAGCCGGUGUAGCAGGUCUAGUCGCAGCUAAGACCCUACAGGAUGCUGGGCACAAGGUAACCAUCCUGGAGGCCAGUCACCACAUUGGAGGUCGGGUGGUCACAGUCAGAAACCAGGAGGAGGGCUGGUACUUUGAUUUAGGACCCAUGCGGAUCCCGGAAAGCCACAAGCUAACCCACGCCUAUGUCAAGAAAUUUGGCCUGAAGCUGAAUAAGUUCAUCCAGAAUAAUAACAACACCUGGUACCUACUCAAUGGACACCGUUAUCGUGCCUGGGAAGUCAAGGCUAACCCAGGGAUCUUGGGCUACCCCAUGAACUCCACUGAGAAGAGCAAAACCACCCAAUACCUCUUCCAGCAAGCCAUCACUAAGGUCAAAGAACAUAUGAAGACAUUCACCUGCAGCCAACUGAUAUCCUUUUAUGACUCUUACUCCACCAAGGCUUAUCUGAUGAAGGAAGGAAGGCUGAGCAAGGGCGCCAUCGAGAUGAUCGGGGAUGUGAUGAAUGAGAAUGCUGGGUACUACAAGUCCCUCCUGGAGUCCCUAAGGACUGCUAGCCUCUUCUCCAGAAAUGAUGAAUUUUCAGAGAUCACCGGUGGCUUUGACCAACUGCCCAAUGGCUUUAAUGCCAGCCUGAAGCCUGGCACCAUCCGUCUGAAGUCCAGAGUAGAAACAGUGGUGAGAGACGGGCCUCAGGUCAAAGUUUUGUACCGCACAGAUGGGCCCACCUCCACGCUGCGCCAACUCACUGCUGACUACGUCAUCAACUCAGCCUCAGCCAAGGCCACACGCCUCAUCACCUUCCAGCCACCCCUGUCCCCAGAUAAAACACAAGCCCUGCGCUCCGUGCAUUAUAUCAGUGCUACCAAGGUGGGUUUGGUGUGCAACAAAUGCUUCUGGGAACAGGAUGGCAUCUGGGGAGGCAACUCCGUCACAGACCGGCCCGCACGCCACAUUUACUAUCCUAGCCACAGCCUGCCAGGUGGCAAGUGUGUCUUGCUGGCCUCUUACACUUUGGGCGAUGAUUCCUCCUUCUUGACUGCCAUGAAGUCCAAACAGGUGGUGAAUAUUGUCCUGGACGACCUGGCGGCAAUGCACCACAUACCCAAGGUGGAGCUAAAGCGCAUGUGCCCAAAAGCGGUGGUCAAGCACUGGUCUCUGGACCCCUUCACCAUUGGUGCCUUUGCCCAGUUCACACCCUACCAAUCUGUGGACUAUUCAGAGCAGCUCUUCCAGCCAGAGGGCCUCAUCCACUUUGCUGGAGAGCACACCUGCCUGCCUCAUGGCUGGAUAGACACUGCCAUCAAGUCUGGCAUCCGGGCUGCCAUGAACAUUCAGGCCAUAGUGAACAAGGAGGCUACUCAGGGACAGGUGCCUUUCUAGAGGCCCUUUACCAACAAUCAGGGUGGUUUUUCCCUAAAGAACGGGCUGUAGGAGAGUCUGGCGGAGUGGGCUGGAAGGUGAAAGCCAGCAGAACCAGAGCCAGCAGGAGAGAGGUCACCCACUGGCCCCUUGUCUGCAACCAGGAUCCCAGCUGGGAAGCUGACAAGAGACAUCACCCCUUUCCUAUCUCACUCCCUGCCUAGCUCUCUACAAGAAACAACAGAGCUGGGGUGCAUGGAGGCAUGGGUGGGAGUCAAGGCUGGGGAAUCCUGCAAUCAGCCCUUAGCUUGAAACAAAUUGUCUCCUGCUACAAAACAAUAACAAGCAAAAAAUAAAAACUU